AUGCGAUCCAUUUUGACUACUGAGCAAGUGCUCUUGAUCCUCUCAUUGGGCGUUGCUGUAUCACAUGUCUUUCCAGCAAUAUCUACCCCAGUGACACACAUAACAUUAGCAAGAUUCAUGGACUUCACUUACGGUGUUUGGGGUUGGUGCUAUACCAGACGAUUACCCACAAAACUGGUCCUGUGUACUAAGAGAAGUAUCGGAUACAAAUAUUUAAGUACCCAUAUGUAUGGUGAUAUCCUCUUCAUCCCAUCCCAAUCUAAGUAUUCCAUUUCUAGACUGUUAGUGGUCCACAUAAUUGCAUUGUUCAAUAGUGCAGUACUGGCAAUUAUGACAGCAAUGAUUGCAGGAACUACCUAUGGUGAUUCAUCACAAUUUGUGUUGGCAGCAGCAUUAGUCUCGCUACCUUUAUUUGUAUUUUCUCUGUUUUGCUUUUUGGUGGACAUCCUAUUGUUUGCUACUCACUUAGAUUGGCCAGGGUGGUUAAUGCUAAUGGAUACAGUGGUGAUGGCAUUUGUUUGUUCAUUGUUGUGGUCUCUAAGAAGAACCGUGUCGAUUAGAAAUUAUGAAACUUUACAUGCGUCCCAAAGGUACCCAAUGAAUCAGUAUCCCCUACAUCGAACUGUUCAACAAUCUGAGCCAACGAAUACUGCACCCCUAGAAGAACCUGUUUCAAGUUAUAAGACUGAUAAUCACUAA